GGAGUACUACAAACUACAAUUAAUUUUAAAGAAUUUUAAUUUUAAAGUUCUCUAAUUACUAUUAGCCAUGCCGAUCCGUAACAUUGCAAUUGGAAGGCCCGAAGAGGCUACUCAUCCAGAUGCUUUGAAGGCUGGAUUGGCCGAGUUUAUUUCCACCUUGAUUUUUGUUUUUGCUGGCCAAGGUUCCGGCAUAGCCUUUAGUAAGCUCACCAAUGACGGCGCUGCCACUCCAGCCGGUCUCAUCUCCGCCUCCAUCGCCCAUGCCUUUGCUCUUUUCGUUGCCGUCUCCGUUGGCGCUAACAUCUCUGGUGGCCAUGUUAACCCCGCCGUUACCUUUGGUGCCUUCGUUGGCGGUAACAUCACCCUCCUACGUGGUAUCAUCUACUGGAUUGCUCAACUCCUCGGAUCCGUUGUCGCUUGCUUGCUCCUUAAAUUCGUCACCGGCUUGCCCACCGGGAGCUUCGGUCUAUCAGCAGGAGUUGGUGAACUAAACGCCUUCGUUUUCGAGAUCGUGAUGACAUUCGGCUUGGUGUACACGGUGUACGCAACCGCAGUGGAUCCCAAGAAGGGCAGUUUGGGAACAAUUGCACCCAUCGCAAUCGGUUUCAUCGUCGGAGCCAACAUUUUGGCCGGCGGAGCAUUCACCGGAGCCUCCAUGAACCCCGCCGUGGCAUUCGGCCCAUCAGUCGUCAGCUGGUCAUGGGAAAGCCACUGGGUCUACUGGGCCGGACCUUUGAUCGGUGGUGGCCUUGCUGGUCUCAUCUACGAAUUCAUCUUCAUUUCCAACUCCCACGAGCAACUCCCAACCACCGACUACUAAGUCAACCACCACCACCACCACCACCACCACCCACGGCGGAUGCGGCGGCGACGGCGGCCACUUCUUUUCUUUUCUUUUUUAAUCUGGUGUAUUUGGUUUUGUUAAGUUAAUUUCUUUUAUCGGAUGGGUUUGGUCGUGUCUCA